UACACAUUUUCCCCGCGGCGCGACCCUCAGCCCGCUGCCCGGUUACUAGUGUGAAAGCGGGCAAUUACGAUGGACGCUUCGCCUUUUCACGAGGAGGGAAUGUGGAGCCGCCGCGCCGAACCGAAGCAGUCGCCAACCCUUCCUGCACCCGUCUGGUGGCCCAGCCUCACACCAUGAACAUCAGUAGGAACUGCACCGCUGUGGGGAAUGGUGAGGGUCUGGCCGCCCUGGAGUCGGUCUCCAUUGUAACCAUCACACUCCUGGCCUGCCUGGGGAACCUCUUGAUAGUGGCGACCCUCUAUCGCAGGCCUUACCUGCUCACGCCCAGCAACAAGUUUGUGUUCAGUCUAACCGUGUCCAACCUGCUGCUGUCCACGCUGGUGCUGCCGUUUGUGGCCGUGAGCUCGGUGAAGAGGGAGUGGGUGUUUGGGGUCGUGUGGUGUAACUUCACUGCCCUGCUCUACCUGCUCAUCAGCUCUGCCAGCAUGCUUACCCUCGGAGCUAUUGCCAUCGACAGGUACUACGCAGUUCUUUACCCGAUGAUUUACCCCAUGAAGAUCACGGGAAACCGGGCUGUCGUUGCCAUCGCCUAUGUGUGGCUGCACUCCCUGGUGGGCUGUCUGCCGCCUCUGUUUGGCUGGUCCUCCUUUGAGUUUGACUGCUUCAAGAGGACCUGUGUGGCGUCUUGGCACAGAGAGCCGAGUUACACAGGCUUCUGGGUGAUCUGGUGCAUCCUCCCCCCAUUAUUUAUCAUGCUUGCCUGUUACGGUGUCAUUUUCCGCGUUGCCCGCAUUAAAGCCAGAAAGGUACACUGUGGGACGGUGGUUGUGGCCCACGAGGACUCCUCUGGCGCUCACAAGAACGGACGUAAAAACUCAAGCACCUCGACCUCCUCUAAUGGAAGCCGGCGGAGCCUCGUGUACGCAGGGAGCCAGUGCAAGGCCUUCGUCACCAUCUUGGUGGUAGUCGGCACCUUCCUCUUGACCUGGGGGCCGUAUGUCGCGGUGGUGUGCACCGAGGCUUUAUGGGGACACGGGAGUGUGUCUCAGGGACUGGAGACUUUAGUGGCCUGGCUGUCGUUCUGCAGCGCCGCGUGCCACCCGUUCAUCUACGGCCUGUGGAAUAAGACUGUGAGGAAGGAGCUGCUGGGCAUGUGCUUCGGCGAUCGCUACUACAGAGAGUCAUUCGCCACGCGGCAAAGGACGUCCCGCCUCUUCAGCAUCUCCAACAGAAUCACAGAUUUGGGUAUGUCCCCCCACCUGACUGCUAUGCUGGCCGGUGGAGGUCAUCUACUGGCUCCAGGCAGCAGCACUGGAGAUACUGGCUUCAGUUUCACUCAGGACUCAUGCACAGACGUGAUGCUGCUAAACGACUUCUCCACAGACGGCUCCUCCCACCCACAACAACACGGGAAUCCGUCCGGAAAGAGGAGGAGCUCGGUCACCUUUGAAGACCAGGUGGAGCAAGCCAAAGCCGAAAACACGUCCUCGGUUCAAGUCCACGCAGAGGUGCACAAGUCGCUCGACACCUUCGCCUCCUGCCUGGCGAAGGCGAUAGAGAGCGACGCUAAGCUCACCCUGUUUGGGGAAGGUCUGGCGCUCCCGGGAGGACUGUUCACGACCAGAGCGGCGCCAAGACCCAGAUACCUGGACGGUCAGAGACUGAGGCUGGAGAGCAUUGACGAAGGGAUCGUUAAAGAUGACAGAGAAGAAUAG